CGCGGAUCCCACGCCCUAUUUACAGAUGAAGUUAACUUAUUGCUUUGACAAUGCAUACCUAUGCUACACUUCUGCCACCUCUCUUGCAGUUCAAUGUAAGUUUGGCCAUAGCUGAAUUUCUCGGUUGUCUUCGUGUUUAACCUAGCCAUAUGGCUUGCUAUGCAAUUUUCCGUUACUUGCACCUGCCGAGUCGUGUCAGCUGAAGCGUGCUUUAUAGCACAGAUCAGAACAGCGGCUAGCUUUAGUUGAUUUUGAGACAAAGUUAAACCACUUGUCAUAUGCUGCUUGUCUGUGAAUUACCAAACCAUAGACGCUUUUGCACACAAAUUGCACUCUGUUUACACACUCGCUCGCGUUUUGGGCAUACAUAAUGAGUGAUCAUUAUGUGAAGGUAAAAGUUCAGCUUGAACAGCUAAAAUCCACGGGCGAGGUGGAGGAGGUAGAUGCGGCUGAGGAGGAACAGGUGUAUACCGAAACACCACCGGCAUCCCUUUCACCUGUUCCUACGGCCCUCGAGGUCCGGAGGGACACCUCAAAGAUUCUCGGCACGGCCAGAAACCGGAGCAAAAGUCGAACUAAGCUCGGCAACCCUAACAUUAAACCGGACGCGCCUGUUAGCCGCCUGGACAAUGCGCCCUCGCUCCAGAUUAAAGGCACCGGUAAGGUUUUGCAGGAGAAAGCUGAGGCCAACGGAAACGUGGUGAGCAGCCAGACACAACAGAAAGAUACCAAAAGUGCACAAAGCAAAGAGGAUGCCAACAAACUGGCCAAAAAGAGGAGACCGGUCACUGUGGAUACGUCUAAGGCUAAGACAUCUCUAGAAGCGCUCAAACUCAGCAUCCGGCAGCUCAAAUGGAAAGAGUUCCCCGCUGGUCGCCGCACUGCCUGUGACAUCUACUGGCACGGGGUGUCCUUCCAUGACAACGAGAACAUCGUCUCUGGACAGGUCAACAAGUUCCCAGGGAUGGUGGAGAUGCUGCGGAAGAUCAACUUGAGCCGUGCCGUUCGGACCAUGCAGGAGCUCUUUCCAGAGGAGUACAACUUCUACCCACGCUCCUGGAUCCUUCCGGAAGAGUACCAGAUCUUUGCCACACAGAUCCGCCUGGCCAAGGACUGCGACCCUUCCUCGCCGCGGCCGACCUUCAUCGUCAAGCCGGACAGCGGUUCCCAGGGCGACGGCAUCUACCUGAUCCGCGACCCCUCGGACCUGCGCUCCAUGGCGGCGGGCGGCGUGGGCGUGGGCGGGUCCGGCGCGGUCCGGCAGGCCGUGGUGCAGGAGUACAUGCAGCGCCCCCUGCUGAUCGACAAGCUGAAGUUCGACGUGCGACUCUACGUGCUCGUGCGCUCCCUGGAGCCGCUGGAGAUCUACGUGGCCAAGGAGGGCCUGUCGCGGUUCUGCACGGAACCCUACCAGGAACCCAGCGCCAAGAACCUGCACCGAGUCUUCAUGCACCUGACCAACUACUCGCUGAACGUGCAGAGCGGGAACUUCGUCCACUCCGACAGCCGCAGCACGGGCAGCAAGCGGACGUUCUCCAGCGUGCUCUGUCGACUGGCCGCCAAGGGCGCCGACGUGAAGCGCGUCUGGUCCGACAUCAUUGCGCUGGUCAUCAAGACGGUCAUAGCCCUCGUGCCUGAACUCAAGGUCUUCUACCAGGCCGACAUCCCGCCGGGCAAGCCAGGGCCCACCUGCUUUCAGAUCCUGGGCUUUGACAUCCUUCUGAUGAAGAAUCUGAAGCCGGUCCUGCUGGAGGUCAACUCCAACCCCAGUAUGAGGAUCGAACACGAACAAGAGGUGGCUCCGGGGGUGUUUGAGUAUGUGCCCAGUCCGGUGGACGAGGAGGUCAAGGUUGGGGUCAUCAGGGACACAUUGAGGCUCAUGGACCCGCUGAAGAAACAACACACAACUGGUGCGGAGCAGGAGGAGAUCCUGGUGGAGGCGGGGUCAGUGGAGAAGGCGGGGCCUGAGGAGCUCCUGCUGCCAUCCCUGUGCCUGAAGCAGGUGUUCCCCAAGUACACCAAGCAGUUCAACUACCUGCGCACGGUGGACCGCAUCGCCACCCUCUUCCUGCGCUUCCUCGGGGUCAAGGGCACCAUGAGGAUGGGCCCCACAGGGUUCAGGACCUUCAUCAGGAACUGUAAGCUGAGUAACAGCAGUCUGUCCAUGGCCUCAGUGGACAUCCUCUACAUCGACAUCACUCGACGCUGGGCCGGCAUGCUCCCCGACUCCAGAGAAGCAGGGAUGACUCUGCAGGCGUUUGUGGAGGCCUUCUUCUACCUGGCGGGCCGGCGCUUUAAGUCCCUCCCCCUGCGGGAGCAGGUGCUGUCGCUGCUCGAGCAGUGUGAGUCCGCCCUCCAGGGGCAGAGCCAAGACGAGAAGCCACGCCCACCCAAACGUAACCACGCCCCUUCCAUCAACCCCACCGCCCAGACCAACUCACCGGCGCCUGCACGCCGUAGCCAUGACUACCGGCUGCACCAGACACUGCGGCCGACAGCGAAAGGGAACACGGAGCACUGAGUGCACACACACACACACACACACACACACACAGGCAAACCCAAGUGACUGGUGGAGCAAGAGUGAAACUCUUAUAGACCUGUUUGCUUUACGUAUCUGAUAGGAAGUAUGUGUGUGUGUGUGUGUGUGUGUGUGUGUGUGUGUGUGUGUGUGUGUGUGUGUGUGUGUGUGUGUGAUUUUAAAGAGGGUGGAGGAGGGGGUGAGAGCUUGCUUUUGGUUUGUAAAAAAAAACUCUCCCUCCACAACCUCAGUCGAAGAAAAUGUACAGUUGUACAGGGGGAAUGUCUGUAUGUGUGUAUGCACAAGUGCAAUCAAAAUGGCUCUAUUUUCAGGGAAAUCUAUGGAGCUUAAACUCACCACAUUAUUCACACACACACGCACAUACACACACUUAUUUUCCCUCUCUGUCACACAGCUCUAUCACAGCUCGCUCUGUGUGUGUGUGUGUGUGUGUGACACGGAGCCUUAUUUGCACUGCCCUCCUCUUAGUAUUUCCUGCACAUAGACACUUGAGUGAUGUGUGUGUGUGUGUGUGUGAACCAAUCAUAGGCAGGGCCAAACCCCACUCCUCCUGGCUCAACCAAUCAAAGCCUGAGUAAGAGAGUUGGCAUUAUUUCCCAUGAUCCUUUGACUUCUGGUCUGCAGCUACUUUGACCUCACAGCCUGGUGACUGACUGUCUCCUCUGGAGAACACUACGCGUUUACUUAUUCUAUUUAUCAUAUAUAUUCUAGAGUUCUCUUUAUAUUCUGUUGAAAUUAAGUUUAUUUUGUGAGAUUUUAACUUUUUUAUUUUCACUUGAAAGCUAGCACGUCUCUCACUCUCUCACACACACACACACACACGGUAGGCCUGGGCAAAGAGCUCUGCCGUGAUUCUGCUCUGACAUAAUAGAUACAGCGGAACAGUUCUCCCGGUUCUUGGUAGAAAUACACUCCAGCAUGGUGGCAGACUGCAGUCCACUCUGGAAUGGUUCAGCCUCAGAACUUGGUCAGAGGUCUGUCUGAAAAGAGCGACCCAAGGGUCUCCAUAAGAAGGUGUUUGUGAGGGAACCAUAUCAGUGGCAUUUGAGUCUUAGACCCCAUCAGGUAUUAAUCCCACUACUUCAACUUGGCUGGGAUGGGACUUAAUAAACAGUAUAUUACAAAAUCA